GGGGAGCAGACUUGUGAACGAGCGGCUGGUGAGAUUUCCGCUCGUCCAGAGAGGAGGAAGGCGCUGACACUUGGUCAUCAUGGAUGCCCACAAAGGUCAAGGAGAUCAAGGAACCCCAAAUCCAGGUGGACAGAUGGAAAAACCUGUUGGCUUUAACUUCAUGGAAAGUAUGCUGCCCAAAGCAGUGAAGAGGCGAGUGCACGCCUUGAAAAGGCUACAGGUGCAGUGUGCUAACAUCGAGGCUAAAUUCUACGAAGAGGUCCAUGAGCUGGAGAGGAAGUAUGCAGCCCUAUAUCAGCCCCUGUUUGACAAGAGACGAGAUAUUGUCACAGGUACAGUCGAACCCACAGACGAGGAGUGUGAAUGGCAAAGUGACAGAGAUGAAGAAGAUGAGCUUGCUGAGGAAAUAAAGGAAAAAGCUUCUAUUGAAGAUGCAAAGAAGGAGGAAACCACAACAGAAGACCCGAAGGGCAUCCCUGAGUUUUGGCUCACCAUUUUCAAGAGCGUGGACAUGCUCAGUGAUAUGUUACAGGAACACGAUGAACCCAUCCUAAAGCACCUGAAAGACAUUCAAGUCAAGUUUUCUGAGCCAGGACAACCAAUGAGCUUCACAUUAGAGUUCCACUUUGAGCCCAACGGCUAUUUUAACAAUGCUGUCCUCACUAAAGUCUACAAGAUGAAGUCAGAGCCUGACACCUCAGAUCCUUUCUCAUUUGAAGGCCCAGAGAUCAUUGACUGUGAAGGAUGUCAGAUAGAUUGGCACAAAGGGAAGGAUGUGACAGUGAAAACUAUUAAGAAGAAGCAGAAGCAUAAAGGCCGUGGUACUGUCCGCACUGUUACCAAACAGGUCCCCAAUGACUCUUUCUUCAACUUCUUUAACCCUAUCAAAGCUUCACCAGAUGGAGAGAUGGAUGAAGACUCUGAGUUCACCCUAGCUACAGACUUUGAGAUUGGUCAUUUCUUCCGUGAAAGAAUAGUUCCCAGAGCGGUGCUGUACUUCACUGGAGAGGCUCUAGAAGAUGACGAGAGUUUUGAAGAGGAAGAAGCGGAAGAGGGAGAUGAAGAGGAACAAGAUGAUGAGGGUGAUGACGAUGAUGAUGAUGGAGACUUUGACCCGAAGGCAUAAUCAAACAUUCUCACCCCAUGCAUUUCUAGAAAGAACAGCCUCAGCCUGCCGAAUGCAAACAGCAGUAACCGUGGCACUCGUGAAAGGUGGAGUCCUGCUGUCCAUCAAACCAAUUCUUAGCCAGUCCACAAGACUAUUGUUGGACUCCGUCCUUUUACAAACUCAACAGAAUGCAAUAGAGCGCAAACCAACCUGCGUUUCACUGUCUGCAUGACUUAUUUUUCUUUUGUCUUGCGCCCAUGCCCCCCCUCCCCUUUUUUUUUUUUUUUUUUUCUUUUUUUCUUCUUUUUUAAGAAUAAUUGGCUAUUUUCGAGCUCAAGGCAAGAACUGACUUGACUCUUAACUAAAUCAUUGUGUUAUCACACUGUCAGUCUUUGGUAAAGUAGGUGACUACUGGCAAACUCUGAAUAUCACUACAUGAAAAAAGAUUGGAAAGGAAUAGAUCCCAACUUCAAUUUUCAUGGAAAUAUGUCAGGUACUCAGGGUUUCUUUUCUUUCUUUUUUAACAUUUCUUUUUAAAUGCCAACAAGGUAAUUGAGUUUACUCAGAAACUGCUGAACCAGUUUGACGUAAUCUUUCACUGGGGUUGCUUUUGUUCUUUUUUUUGGUUAUGGUGGGGUUUUUUUUUUUUAUGAGACAAACUUGUCAUUUUGAAUUUAAUUUACUUUUCUUUUUUCUUUUUUUUUUUUUAAAUGGUCAUUGUUAUAUAAUUGGACUAUUUAUUCUGUCUUUAUGCAGCUGCCUGAAAUGUUGCAUCUUAAGGAAUGCUUUAAGCUCCGGCUGCAGUUACACGCUCUCUCAUCAACUAAAACCCACUUUGGGCUCAGCAGCUCGUGAAAACGUGAAUACUGCCAUGUCGCGUUUUUAACUAUUGAGAUGUAUUUAAAGACUGAAGGAUUGUGUUCCGUCUGAAUUACUGCUCAUUUCUGCCCUGGUUUAUUGGGCUUAACAAGCAUUUAAAUUGAGCACUCAAGGUGAUUCAGACCGUGACGCUCGCAGGCAGGAAUGCCUUUUUAUCUGUCGUCUAUCGUUUGCCCUGAAACGCUCUUGGAGCUUGUUUUCAAGACUUUUCUCUUCAUGCUGAUCUCUGCACAGCCAUCCCAUCUGGUGAAUGCUCUUGUCAAUGUUGACUAAUUUAAGCAGACACAGCAGCAGACUGUUGACCUUGUGGUUGCACUCCAUGUAUUUAUCUCACUUUUAACAAAUGUCAUUGAGAGUCACUGAUGGGGCAGGGUGCAGGAAGUUUGGAUCAAAUGUAAAUUCCGUUGCCAAGAAGCCAAAAAUAAACAACAUCCUUUUUGGUAAAAUUGUUUUGCCAACUGUCAUUAACACAGUGUAAUCUAAUUCAGCAUUUAAAGUUGUUCAAACAUAUAUCAGUAUUUCCGUUACUAAUGUUUUCUUAGAAUGUUUGUUGGAAAAUAAGUGGGAUAGGGUGCCAAUGUAUUUUAUAAACUGCACAUGGAUUUUGGAUAUUUAUUCGGAUAAAUUUGCCUGAUAACUGAUGGAUAGCGACAGCAAAUCCAGACCCUUUUGCUCUCUUUAUAAAAAGAAAAACAUGAUUGUACAUCUUGUUGGACAGUUCUCUCGAAGCCACGGUUGACAUCUUCAAAUUUACCAGACCGGACCGUGUGCUAGCAAUGGCCUUAACUGGUUCUUAUUCACAAUUUGUUACUUGCUGAUAUUUCUUUUCAAUUUGUACAAAGUUAGUUAAAAUAUUCUAUUAAAGUUGUGCGACAUGAAAA